GACAUGCCCAAUCCCACAUGACUCGCGCCGCAUACCAUACCCUCCCUCCUCUGGCCCACACGCAACCCAACCCAACCCCACCCCGCUACCGCACUACCGAUACUCGCACAGUACUGCCACGCUGUCCAGCCCCGCCUGUCUGCCAUCAAAUCCCAAAUAACCCCGAACCUAGUCUCUCGCCCCUCAUUUCAACAAAGCCCGUCGAAUCGUCACAUAGUUAGUACAAGUCACACACAUGUCACGUUUUAAGUAAAGCACGAAUAAUCCGCUGUCUCAAGACCCUCGGACAGCUAUCCCAUCCACAUUCAUUUCCCAUUCUCUAAACCCUAUUUUGUAUGUAUCACACUCAAGAAAAGACGAAGAGGAAGAAGAAGAAAUUA